AGGAAACAGUUGGAUAGGAACUCAGAAAUCAUGUGACUUAUGACUAAGUUAAAUUUUUUUCUACUUAUUAAAAAGGAAGAGUCUGAUGAUUAGUUACUGGUUGUCCUUGCAUUUUUUAAAGUUUUGAAGAUACUGAAUCAUGUUCCCAUUUAUGCUUUUUUCCACCCUGUUUUCUUCCACAUUUACUGAACCUGGAGAGAAACGCUGGGUCUGCAACUCCUCUGACACAAGUGUUUGGUACUCCUACUGUGUAAAUGCCGAGCCCUGUAUAACAUUGAAGGGAGGCCGUGGAAAGCUGUAUCUUUACUACAUUCCAAGAAGAGACAUAAAAAGCUUAUAUUUCAAUAUCUAUGUAUCUUUUAAGUCCGUGAAUUUCCCAGUGCGCAAAGAAGUUAUUUGCCGAGGAUCUGAUGAUGAUUAUUCUUUUUGCAGAGCUCUGAAGGGAGAGACUGUGAAUACAAUAAUAACAUUCUCCUUCAGGGAAAUACGAUUUUCUAAGGGACGAUACAAUUGUAUUACAGAAGCCAUCGCUGGGAACACUGAAGAAAGGCUCUUUUGCUUGAACUUUACCGUCAUAUACCACCCUGAUUUCAGUUAGAAUAAAUCGAGUAUAUGUUUUUAUUUUUCAAAGGUUUUAUUCUUCAUUUAAAAUCUUUUUUUUUUUUAUAAAUUUAUUUUAUUUAUUUAUUUAUUUUUGGCUGUGUUGGGUCUUCUUUGCUGUGCGCGGGCUUUCUCUAGUUGCGGCGAGUGGGGGCUACUCUUCGUUGCAGUGCACAGGCUUCUCAUUGCAGUGGCUUCUCUUGUUGUAGAGCACAGGCUCUAGGCGUGCGGGCUUCAGUAGUUGUAGCACGCGGGCUCAGUAGUUGUGGCUCGUGGGCUCUAGAGCACAGGCUCAGUAGUUGUGGCGCACAGGCUUAGUUGGUCCACGGCAUGUGGGAUCCUCCCGGACCAGGGCUCGAACCCGUUUCCCCUGCAUUGGCAGGCGGAUUCUUAACCACUGCGCCAACAGGGAAGUCUUUUCACUUAAAAUUUUUUUGCACAGUGUAUUAGUUUGCUAGGACUGCCAUAGCAAAUACCACAGACUGGGUGGCCUAAACAACAAAUUUAUUUUUCACAGUUCUGGAGGCUAGAAAUCUGAGAUCAAAGUGUCAGCAGAUUUGGUUCCUUUAGAGGCCUCUCUUCUUGGCUUGUAGAUGGCCUUCUCCUCCCUGUGUCUUCACAUUAUCUUCCCUCUGUGCGUGUGUCCUGAUCUCCUCUUCUUAUAAGGACACCAGGCAUAUUGGUUUAGGGCCUGCCUGAGUGACAUCAUUUUACCUUAAUUACCUGUUUAAAGACCCUGUCUCCAAAUCCAGUCGCAUUCAGAGGUACUGGGGGUUAGGGCCUCAGCAUGUGAAUUUUGAAGGUUCACAGUUCAGCCCAUAGCACACAUAGACACAUAGCCCAUAAUACAGCCUCUUCAGUCGGUCGACUUCUCUCCAUUUCCUGCCUCUACUCUGGGACAAGUUGCCAGCAUUGCUCCCCUGGACUCCUCUGCUUCCUCCUGACUGAUUGUCCUGCACCUGGUCAGGUACCUCAGGUAAGUUAUCCUCCACAAAGGUAGUUUCAAUAAUACUUUCAAAAUACAGGUCCUGUCGCGUCACUGCAGUGCAAAUGGAACAAAACAAAACAAAAACAAACAAGGCCCUUCCUAUGGCUUUUGAUUCCUUUCGGGAUAAAGCUGGAAUCUUUCAGAGAGUAUGCCAGGCCCUGCCCACCCUUUCCCUCUCCAGCCCCUUUUCCCACCACCCUCCCCUUGCUCUCUGUGUUCCAGAAUGUGCCAUACUCCCUCCUACUCCAGGACCUUCACCCACACAGUUCCUCCACCUCAGCUCCAUGCCUCCACAUUACCCGACCUUUACCCCUUAUCAGUAACAGGUGUGGAUCUUCAUUGGCUCAGGUGCUGCUUUCUCAGGGAAUUAUCAUCAUGUAGCAUGCAGCACACCUCUUACACUUUUGAUACUGGACAGAGGCAGUCCUGAGUAAAAUCCUGCAGAAACUAUAUAACAUGGAGCCAGGCUUCCAGUCUCCUGUGGCUUUCUUGGUCCCCUAGAUCCCUUCCUCCACCCACCUUUACCUCAUCCAGGCAGGGCCAGCUUUCUUUGUGAUAUGAUUUUGUCUACCUGUGUCCCUUCCUUCCAGUUCUUGACACUCCUUUUGUCAUUAUAUCAGUCACAAGACUCAACUCCAUGAUCCCAGGCAGGGUAGUCAGCUCAGUUUUGCUCAGCAGUCUUGACUCAGCAUCUAGCAUAGUACUUAGGCUUGAAUUUGCUCUGAAUGCAUAUCUGUUGAAUGGAUAAACAAACAUUUUCUUCUUAGAAAAUAUUCAAAUAAUACGUUAACUAUAGAAAGCAAGAUUCCUGCAAUCAUUCAGCUAGUAUUU